UAUAUGGACAACAAACAUGGAAAACGACGAACCUCAUGAGCAAUUGUUUGUUGCAAUGCAACCAUCUGGAUUUUUGCCUCUAAUUGCUGACUCAGAAUUACAAGAUAUUAACGACGAAGAAGAUGAUGAUGAUGACGACGAUACUGUGUCAGAUGAGGAUACGAACAUAUCAAGUGGUCAUGUGACAUUUGAAGAAGAAAUGGAAUAUCAGAUUGAUGAGGAUCCUGACGAUAACCAGGAAAGAAGGUCAGACAAUGACAGUCCAGCUCCGGAUAGUUUGUCAAUUGAUUUCAGUACAAGAUGGACAGCUAUUCCUGGAGAAGAAGCUGUUGGUUUUACUACACAGGAGAGGGAACCAGAUGAGGAGGAGGAGGAUGGUGAUGAGGCAGAUAAUGCUCCCGGAGACACAGCAGAAUCACAUGUUAAUGAUCAUGCAUAUGCAGAUCCGGGAGACGUUGUGGAAAUACAAGCACCACCUGAACAAAUAAGAUCUGAUCACACAUAUGACAUAUCCCCAAUGUUACAUGACAAGAAUUUACCAGAUGGCUGGACUAGAAGCGUGGUUCAAAGAUUAGCUGGUAAAUCAGCAGGAAAAUAUGAUGUAUACUUAUACAGUCCAAAUGGAAAAAAAUUUCGUUCAAAGACAGAGUUGGCUGUAUACUUCAGAGAUAGUAAUAUAAAAGACUUAAUCGCUGAAGAUUUUGAUUUCACAGUGCGUGGCAAACAUCAUAGUGCAAAUCAAGGUGGUGUGAACCGUAAACGGAAAUCAACAGCUGUAGAGCAUGAAAAGCCUGUAAAAACUCCCAAAAUUCAAAAGACAAAAGCAACUCCAAAAUCUCAAGAAAAGAAAAAGAAGGUUAAAGAAAAGGAGAAAAAACAAACUCCUAAGAAAAAAAUAGAAAGUGAUGAGGAUAAAAAAGCCUCUACUUCCCCUCAAAAGAAACCAAUAAAUUCAGGUAAAUCUUUAUCUCAAAAACUUGUCAUAAAAAUGGCUUUUUCUGGAUCUAAAGAGCGAGCAUCAAAUAAAUCUAAGAAUUCAAAAGCUAUGAAAAAAGGAUCAAAGCUGAAGUCUCCAAAGCAGCCAGUAAAGAAAAAAUCAAGUCCAACAAAAAAGAUUAAUAAUGAAAGUGAAGAACUGAUGGAUGAAGAAAAUGAAACAUCGGACAGUGAAGAUAGGUCAAAUGACACUGAGGAUGAAAAAGGUGUAUCAAAUGGGGAGGAAGGAUCUCAUAGUUCUAAUGUAUUCGAUCUAUUGAACGGACUUUCAUCUGAUUCGGGUAUUGUUGACAAUAGUGAUACAAGUGAUGACAAAACGUCUAAAAGGAAAAACUCUGGUUCUAGUGCUAUAAAUAUUACAGAGACAAAGAAAAAAAUACAAAGAAGUAGAUCUAAAGAACCAGAUGUUAAUGUGGUACCCGAAACAGUCAUUCAUUCACCGUCCGGGAGGGCAAGAAGAAGGACAACUUCUAGAGACAAUAUUUUUGGUGAUGAUUUUAUAACACCGCCAGCACCUAGAAGUCGGCGGAAAAGUAGGUCAAAAGAAGAAAAUGACUCUUCAAGUUCAAUUGUUUCAAACAAAAUGACAGUAAUUAAGGAAAAGAAUGAAACUGUUAAUUCAGAAACUGCUAUUUCACAACCUGUUAUUUCACAAACUGCUAAUUCAGAAACUUCAGCAAACUCUUCGCCUUCUAAAAGAAGGAAAAGUUCAGACAAAACAAGUGCUAAUGAAUCUUCACCUAGGAAUUUUAAACUUUCCAUUCAAAAUGUAGAAAGAGAAAAUGAGAAAUUAUUGAAAGUUUCUCCUUUUAAAAAAUCACUGUUGUCCAGCAAAUUGAGCAAUGCAACUAGUCCUAAAGAUAAUGGUAUUGCCAGUUCAUCGUCAACAUCAUCAUCAUUUUCAUCACAUAAAUCGCCAAUUAAAAGCCCACAACCAGCAGCAACUGAAUCAGCAACUAAACCAGAAGAGGAGACAAAUGUUGAAGAAGAUAAUAGCACAGAACAGGAAGCAGAAUUUAAGCCAACUGAAAACGAUGAAAUCAUGAGUAAAUACUUUGCAAGUGGCAGGUUUAUGCCAAGACCAGAAUUACAUCGAGAUGUUAAAUGGACACCACCAAAAUCUCCAUUUAACUUGGUACAAGAGAGCCUUUAUCAUGAUCCGUGGAAACUUCUUAUAGGGACCAUAUUUCUUAAUAGAACUACAGGCACGGCAGCUAUUCCUUUAUUAUGGAAGUUCUUCAACAAAUGGUCAAACCCUGAUGAAGCAAGGAGAGCUGACCCAGCAGCAGUAGCUAAACUUCUGACACCACUUGGUCUGCAUAAUAAAAGGGCUCAAAUCAUAAUCAGGUUUUCAGAUGAGUAUUUAUGUAAAGACUGGAAGUAUCCAGAGGAGUUACAUGGUAUUGGGAAGUAUGGAAAUGAUUCUUAUAGAAUAUUUUGUGUUAAAGAAUGGAAGCAGGUACAGCCUAGAGACCAUAAACUGAAUGACUAUCAUAACUGGUUGUGGAAAAAUUACAAAACUUUGAGUUUAGAUUAAAUAGAAUAAUCUUCAUAUUGAAUGAUAAAUGAAAUACAAUUUUAUUACGGUACAUUUUGUACUUUGAAGAAAUUUUUACUUAUAUUUUUCCUGUUUUGUUAUUAUGGUGUUUUUAACUUUAUUUUAAAUCAUUGUUUUUAUGACUAUUUUAUUUAUUUUUUUAAUUUAUUUUAAAAUUGAAUUUCAUUCUUUUGCUGAAAGGCAUGGUGGUGCAUUUUUAUUUUUUGUCCAAUUUAUGCAAAUGUUAAUCCAAAAAACCAACUACCAAAAGAACACAUUGGUCAUUUUUCAAUAUGACUUCUUUUUCAGAAAAACAAUUGGCUUGUACAUCACAUUUUGAUCGAUUUUGUUUUACUGUUUUCUUUGUAUCAUAUUAUGAAAAAGCAUUUUUUCGACAGUCCAUUGGACUUUUGCCAUUGGAAUAUCUUUAGUAAAAAAUGCAUAAACUUCACAACUAAAGCUCAUUUAUUAUUUUCAAAAAGAAGAUCAUCACACCUUCAUUUUUGUAUAAAAUUCAUAGACAAAAAAAAGAUCAACUAUUCAUUUGUACAAAGUCCAUAAAAGAAAACUUGAAUCAAUUUAGUCAGAAUUGGUAUGGAUUUUAUAGUGAUAUUGAUUUUGUUAAUAUUCUAUCUCCACAGUAACUUUGUAAAUAGUUUUGUACUGUAAAUACAUAUACAUGCGGAUAGAGAUUUUACUGUAGUGAUAAAUUUAAAUGUCUUUCUAGAUUUUGAACACAAUGCCUGUUGGAUUACAAAUUUAUGGAUGUGAGGAAAUUUUGUUGUUUGGUUAAUUUGGUUUUAAGAUAGAGAUAUUGCAAUGUUUAUGAAUUAUUAUUUGACCUGUCAUAGAUAAAAGGGAUGAAAAUCUAUUGGAAAGUAAAAAAUGUUUCAGUAAUUGCUUUGGUUUGUAAGAAGGAGCUUAGUUAAAUUUUGGAUCAUAUGAAAAAGAGAAUUUUAUCACACACACACACACAUACUUAGUGAUCAUGGCUGAUUGAGUUCUUCUGUGAUAAGGGAAUCCAAUAUGUCUGAAGAUGUCAUGUUUUGUUAAGCCUGGUUUUUCCAACAUAGUAUGUUUUAGAGUUAAGAAUAAAGUCAUUACUGGCAUCAGAGUUUUCCAUUUAUUUUUAUCCUGAAGAGUUUAGGUUAAUUAGGAUAGACAUUUCUCUAUGUAAACAACAAAUGGAUUGAUAUAUGUGGUGUGAGUUUAUAGAAAUGUUUUUGUAUGUAAUCCAAGAAUGAUGAUAUGUUACUGAUGAGUAAAAAUUGUAAGAAUUUGUAACUUUGUUGCCAUUUUCAAAUUGAAUAUAUUUUAUGACUGCCUGCCCAGUGCCUGGAUUAUUAAUGGAAGAGAAAGGAUAUGUUGUAUCAGUUUGACACAAAAUGCACUACGCACAUAACAAAAGUGCUAAGGAACAGCACUUUAUUGCUGUUCUACAACAAAGUCACAGUGAGGCCUAUUAUUAAUGCUAUUUCAUUCCCUGACUGAAUUAUGCACCUUUGAAUAACCUUACAACUACGUGAACUGCUAGGAUGGUUUUAAUAGACAUUUCAUCCUAUUAUUUUAUUAAAUUUUUAUUUGUUCCUUGUUAUCUGUGGUAUGGAAAGAUAAAAGUGCUUUUGAAAUUCUUUUUAUUUUUUGUUUAUGUAUACAUUUAAAUUUAAAAGAAUGAAAUUGACAUUUCAACAUGUAACAUGUCUCUUUUUCAUAAACUUAUUACAAAUGAGCCAUGUAAGGAAAUUGCAAUCUGUCAUUUUUAUGGUUUUCUUCAUUUCAUUUAUUUCGUGGUCAUGAGAAAUUAAAAAAUAUAUAUCUGAAAUAAUUGAAAAUAUCAAACUUCAAGAUACAUCAUACAAUGUUUAAAUUUAUGAGUUAUAGUAAAAAAAAUAGACUUAUAGCAGAGAUAUCAACUGGGGACUUUUAUAGAUUACUAUAGGGUAUGUGUUUUGCUCAUUGUUGAAAGCCUUAGGGCAACUUGUAGUUUUUUAACAUCCUAGUCGGUUGGCCUCUGUUUGAUAGUUGUCUCCUUGGCCAUCACACCACAUAUCCUUAUUUCUAUACUGAUAUGUUCUUUUAAAACAAAUAUUUGUAAUAUUAUUAGAAUUGGUGAUAUGAUGUAAUGGAUAUGUUAAAAUGUUGUGAAAGGUAAGAAAUUUCAAUAAUGAAAAUGGAGUAUUUACAAAAAUGAUUAGAUUUUUAAGAAAAUUCCUGUUUGUUCUAUAAAUCAUGUUAAGUUUCACCAUUACGCAGUUUUAUCAUUGAAUAUGUAAAUACGAUUUUCAGCAUGUUGACCAUGUAUAUACUAUUUAACAACCAUCUAUUAAUAUUUUUAUUAUUUUAUCAUAUCAGUGUAUAUAAAUUUCAUUGAUUAAUAAAUUUAAAUGGUAGAAAA